CAGUGCGCAGGAGACCGCGGUCCGCGCCCGAGCGCGCCCGAGCCGGAGCGGGACCGGGGUCGGUGCACCUAGCGGAUGUGCCCGGCUGCGCGCGCCAGCGCAGCAGCCCGAGCAGCGGCCGCCGCCCGCGCGGCGGGGAUGCCCGGACGCCGGGCCCCGGGGCUGGGCCCCCGGCGGUAACCGGAGCGGGGGGGCCGCGCCCCCCCUCCUCCCCCCUCGCCGGUCCCAGAGCCGCAGCUGCUGCGCCCGCGCGCUCCCGGGGACAUUCUAACCGCCGCCAGGUCCCGCCGCCUCUCGCCCCGCUAUUAAUACCGGCGGCCCGGGAGGGGGGCGCAGCACGCGCCGCGCAGCCAUGGGGAGGCUGCUGGCCUUAGUGGUCGGCGCGGCACUGGUGUCCUCAGCCUGCGGGGGCUGCGUGGAGGUGGACUCGGAGACUGAGGCCGUGUAUGGGAUGACCUUCAAAAUUCUUUGCAUCUCCUGCAAGCGCCGCAGCGAGACCAACGCUGAGACCUUCACCGAGUGGACCUUCCGCCAGAAGGGCACUGAGGAGUUUGUCAAGAUCCUGCGCUAUGAGAAUGAGGUGUUGCAGCUGGAGGAGGAUGAGCGCUUUGAGGGCCGCGUGGUGUGGAAUGGCAGCCGGGGCACCAAAGACCUGCAGGAUCUGUCUAUCUUCAUCACCAACGUCACCUACAACCACUCGGGCGACUACGAGUGCCACGUCUACCGCCUGCUCUUCUUCGAAAACUACGAGCACAACACCAGCGUCGUCAAGAAGAUCCACAUUGAGGUAGUGGACAAAGGUGAGUCGGGUGCUGCCUGCCCCUUUACCGUCACCCACCGGAGAGCCAGAUGGAGGGACAGAUGGCAGGUAGUGGACAGGACAGGCUGGCUCUGUGCCUGGCCAGCCAACCGCCCACAGCAGCAGGCUGAGGGGGAGGGGAGCAGCCCCUCCUGCCCACUCCAGCUCUGGCCUCUGUUUCCCUCCAGCCCACGGAGAGGUCAAAGCAUGCCUGUCCCCCACAGACGCUCCGGGUACAGAACCCAGCUCUGUCACCUGUGCUGUAUGACCUCUGGCAGGUGCCUUCUGUCUCUGAGCCAAAGGGUUGUCCUGGGCUCGCCUGGGAUAAUAAUCCGAUGUGUUUCUCGGGGUGUGGUUUGAGCCAUUCUUCUAUCAUGGGGUUCAUGAGGAUUGAGCAGCUGCAGGCACAUGCCUGGCUUCCAGCAGAGCCUUGCAGGUGGUGGCGAGCGUGGCGGUUCUUACUGUUUGAGUAGCUCAGCCUUGCUGCCCUCUGUCGUGAUGAGGCAAGAGAGCGUGCCACCUAGAGCAGAGUUCCGCACACCCCUCUGCACUCCUGCCCCGGGGGAGCCGCGCUGGCCUGCAGUCUCACUCAACACCUCUGGGGCGGGCCCAGGGGUCCUUUCUAAAGCUCUCAGGUGAGGCAGUGAAGGGCCACAGGUGCGGGGCCCACCCUCUGAGCAGCAAGGGUCUACAGCGCUUUCGAACGUCUCAUCAUUUUGCCUCAGCCACCCUGGACCCCUUUUUUGAGGGAGGUCCGCCCCUUCUCUGAUCCAUCUUCUGCUCAGCAUCAAUUGCAAUUGUCCAGCGCCCUGUGGCCACUGGCUUAGAGUUGGGGAAACAGCCCAGGCCUUGAAGCAGCUACAAGCUGUGGCAGAAAGGUCUCUCAGGGCCACGGCACACACAUCCUCAUGGGCAGCACGCACUGCCCGUCUUUUCUGUGAGAUGGGUGCCGGCCUCAGUGCCUUACACGGAGUCCCUUAGUGAAUCCUCUCCCCACCCUCUGGGGUAGGGGCUCUUCCUAUCCCCAUUUUACGGAUGAGAAAACCAAGGCUCAGGGAGGGAAGGUUAUGUGGCCAAGGUCAUGUGAUUGGGAGCUGGACUUGAAUCCAGAGGAGCUUGGGUGACUGUGUUUCUGUUCUUGGCAUGAUUCACUGUACUCUGUGAUCAGCCAGAGCCUGUGGGUUUCUUUUUAUAAUUAGCAUUUUUACGUUUAUUGUCAAAUUGGUGUAGCAGAAUGCAAUUCAGCAGGCAUGUCUGAGCCACUCUGGUGUUUGUCACGAUACUGGGGGGUGGGGGUCACCCGCAGACAUGGAUGAUGGAGCCCCGCCUGCGGAGUUGCUGUGACAAAGAUGCCUGCGGUACUGGGACUUUACAAAACCUGUGUUAUUGCUCUUGCAAAUCUGCAGAGGUGAGAUGGGGAGAGGGUGGGAGGCUCCAGGGCACUGUUCAGCCACCCAGGUUCUUUCCAUCUUGUUGUUUGGCAGUUGGCCAGGGUGUUGUGUCCUCUGUACGCCGUGACCCAAUACAGCCUCUUUUUUUUUUUUUUUUUUUAAUUUAGAUUUUUAUUUUUUGAGACGGAGUUUUGCUAUUGUUGCCCAGGCUGGAGUGCAAUGGUGUGAUCUCGGCCCACUGCAACCUCCGCCUCCCAGGUUCAAGUGAUUCUCCUGCUUCAGCCUCCCGAGUAGCUGGGAUUACAGGCAUGUGCCACCAAGCCCAGCUAAUUUUUGUAUUUUUAGUAGAUAUGGAGUUUCCCCACAUUGGCCAGGCUGGUCUCGAACUCCUGACCUUAGGUAAUGAUCCACCUGCCUUGGCCUCCCAAGGUGCUGGGAUUACAGGCGUGAGCCACUGCGCCUGGCCUGAGCCUCUCUUUUUUAGGAUUGUCCACUGUAUGACACUACAUCCCACAGCCCGUGCUUUUACCAGCAUUUACCAUCAUAUGCAGUUCCUUAUGUUGGCCCUGCAGAGUUUGUGUUUUCUGCACUAUCCACCCAGUUCUAGUGUUUUUUACCCACCAUAUGUAGUAUUGCCUUUUAAACAUUACCCACUAUAUUAUAGUAUUUUAUAUUACCCACUAUAGGAUAUUUUAUAUUACACAAUAUAUUUUACUAUCAUAAUAUUGCCAAACACAACAGUUUUUUGUUUUUUGUUAAAGAGAGACCAAGUCUUGCUCUGUUGCCCAGGCUGGGAUACUGUGGCGUGAACAUAGCCCACUGCAGCCUCGAACUCCCGAAAUCCAGCAAUCCUUCUGCUUGAGCCUCCCACGUAGCUGGGACUACAGGUGUGAGCCACUACGCCCGGCAAUUUUUUUUUUUUUUUGUAGAGACUGGAUCUUGCUAUGUUGCCCAGGAUGGUCUCGAACUCCUGGCCUCAAAUAAUCUUCCCUCCUUAGCCGCCGUAAGUGCCGAGAUUACAGGAGAGAGCCUCCGCGCCUGGCCUACAGUAUUUUUAUUAUAAUCCAUCAUACUAGUGUAUUUUUAACGUUCCCCACCAUGGCGGGUAUUUUUAUUACCCACCAUGCUAUGCUAUAGUAUUUCAAAAAUCAAUCCUAUUGUAGUAUGUAAAAAUAUUCCAUUCUAUACCAUACUAUAUUCAUCAUUACCUCUGAUACUACAGUAUUUUUAACAUGACUCAUUGUGCUAUUGUAUUUUUUCAUUACCCACAAUACCACAAUAUUACUGUAUUUGUUAGCACUGCUAACAUUCCUUAUUAUUAUUCCAUUCCUUAUUAUUAUUAUUUUUGCAAUGGAGUCUCGCUCUGUCACCCAGGCAGGCUGGAGUGCAGCAGCACAAUGUCGGCUCACUGCACCUCCCGGGCUCAAGCGAUUCUUCUGCCUCAGCCUCCCAAGUAGGUGGGAUUAGAGGUGCACGCCACCAUGCCCAACUAAUUUUUGUACUUGUAGUACAGAUGAGGUUUUACCAUGUUGGCCAGGCUGGUCUCGAACUCCUGACCUCAGGUGAUCCACCCACCUCAGCCUCCCAAAGUGCUGUGAUUACAGGCAUAAGUUACCAUGCCCUGCCUAUUAUUAUUAUUAUUAUUAUUAUUUCAAGUUAGAGUCUCACUCUGUCACCCAGGCUGGAGUGCAGUGGCACGAUCUUGGCUCACUGCAGCCUCCAUCCACCUCCCGGGUUCAAGCGAUUCUCCCGCCUCAGCCUCCGAAGUAGCUGGGAUUACAGGCACGCGCCACCACGCCCGGCUAAUUCUUUUGUAUUUUUAGUAGAGACAGGGUUUCGCUAUGUAGACCAGGCUGGUCUCGCACUCCUGGCCUCCAGUGAUUCACCCACCUUGGCCUCCCAGAGUGCUGGAAUGACAUGUAUGAGCCACCACACUGACAUUUUUAUUAUUUUUAUCCACCAUCUCGCUGCAAUUUCAGUAUUGCCCAUCGACCUAUAUUGCCUCCUGGUAAUGACCCCUGAGGAAUGAGCCAUGCCAUUUCCAUAGGUGGAGGCGACGGGUCAUGGUGGUGAGAACUUCACUGACCUGGAAGAGGUGGAGAAGAUGCUGGGAAGCUGCUGAGGGCUGCCCACCUGUGUUAGGGGAAGGCAGAUGGGGACCCAUGGGGACAGUAAUACUAUUUCGGAUCCACACAACAGGAGUGGAAAAUGCCUUGAGGCACAGCAGCGUCUGAGGCGGGUGAGAAAUCCGGCCUGCAGAGUUGCGGCUGGCCUUCAGAUCUGCGGGCUGCCUGUGAGAUGCCGUGUUACCUAAAUCCGUUUGGGCACUGAGUUCCAGGAGUGGGGGCAAGAAUUCCGAUGACGGGGCUUUAUCCGGUGCGCAUCCAGCUCAGAGUGGUUCCUAAGACCAGCCACCAUGGGCAGCCAGGAUGUGCUCAUCCUUGAGGCUUUCCGAGGCAUCAAGGAGAUGGUUGGAUAAAGAAUUUAGCACAGAGCUUGACUGAUGGCAGGCCCCCACAACAUGAGACAUAUUAAUAAUGUGUGUGGAGGCCAGGUGCAGUGGUUCAUGCCUGUCACCCCAGCACUUUGGGAGGCAGAGGUGGGAAGAUUUCUUGAGGCCAGGAAUUCAAGACCAGCCUGGGCAACACAGCGAGACCUCAUCUCUACCAAAAAAAAAAAAAGAAAAGGAAAAAAUUCACCUGGCCUAGUGGUGCACACUUGUAGUAUCCGCUACUCAGGAGGCUGAGGCAGGAGGAUUGCUUGAGCUCAGGAGUUCCAGGCUGCAGUGGGCUAUGAUUGCAUCACUGCACUCCAGUCUGGACAAUAGAGCAAGACCCUGUCUCUUAAAAAAAUAAAGUCUGUUGAAAAGAAUGAAUGAAGGAAGGAAGGAAUGAGAAGGAAACCCCGUCUCAGCUCCUCCCGCAGGGAAGCUGGGGCAGGGCAGGCAGGGGGGGCAUCCGGCCCCGCUCCCUCCCUUACUCUGGCCCAGAAAGCACUGGUGCCAUCUGCACAGGGUGGAGCCAAAGAAAGUGCCCCACUCACAGCAGAGGGAGGCCAUUUGAGGACAGCAGGGAAAAUGGGAUCUCAGCCAUCUAGGAGGGGGCCAGAGAUGUGGGAUGGACACCUAGGAAAUCCAGCCGAGGACACCAGAGUGGCUUUUGACUCUGGUCCCCUGGCUGAAUGCGUUCCCUUUACAGUUUAAAUUUAGGCUCAAGGAGAAGAAGCUGGCAAUCGGCAGGGCCAGUGCUGUAGAGAGGAUGUAGGGUUUCCGGAAAAUAGCCAACACUUCAGCAGUGCUGGCUGCGAGCUCAUCCAAGCAUGUUACGGGUGUUAACUCAUUUCCUCUCCAGCAACCCUGUGAGAGGGUCUGAGUGUUCCCAUCUCCAUUUUACAGAGGCUCAGAGAGGUGCAGUCCUUUGCCUGAGGUCACACAGCUAGUAAGAGGCAGAGCCGGGAUUUGAACCCUGGCAGUCUGGCCCUAGAGCCCCAGCUGUUAACCAUUAGGCUUUAUAGCCCCAGUUAUAACAACAAUAACAAUACUAAUACAAGUGAACCUUCAUUGAGUGCUAUUUAUAGAUCAAGCACUAUUCUAAGGAUUUUAAAGCAUAUUUAAUUCUCACAGCACUCUGAUGAAGGAGGUAUUCAUUUUACAAUUGAAGAAACAGAGGCCUAGAGACAUUGAGUCACUUGCGCAAGGUCACACAGCUGGCCAGUGGCAGAGCCAGCCUUUGAACCUGAGCCUUCUGGUUGCAGAGCUACGGCUUUUAGGCACUGUGCUGAGGGCCUCCAGAAUGACACAGAUGUGGCCUCGAGUUACACACGGAGGCAGGUUGAGGGUGACCCCCACCAGGCCUACCCAAGGCUGGGUAUUAAUAAUCACAGUGCAUACACCAGGCCCAGGGAGGUUGAGCCACUCGUCCAAGCUCACACAGCAAGCUCACAGCACACUCAGGCUGUCAUGCAGCCUGGGCUACCCCCUUAACCCUGCCUGGCCC